UAAACAAACAUCGAUCGAAUCAACAGAUAUAUCAUUUAUUGCUUUUUCCCCUUUUAUAUUUGUAUGUGCUCGACAAACUUUAUACAAUUGGCAGAAUACACGUGUUCCUUUAUACCAAAAUUAAAUGUUCUAAUCAAGACCAAAUAUGAGAAUAACAACGGCAGCACAGAGAAUUGCCUGGAUCUGUCCGAGGAAGAGUUGAAGGUUCGCAUUGUGGAUCAUGUGGACAUUGCAUUUGAUGAGCUAACGGGCAAGCACUACAAACGCGAAGAGGAUCCAAAGUUCUUCAAGUCAGAAAAGACAAAUCGUGGUCCACUGAUUGAGGGCUGGCGUGAAACAGAUUCCCCUAUUAUGUGCUCCUACAAGGUUGUCCAUGCCAGCUUCGAGGUCUGGGGCCUGCAAACCAAAGUGGAAGACUUCAUCCAGCGCGGCAUUCGGGAUAUUUUGCUGCUGGGACAUCGCCAGGCGUUUGCCUGGCUGGACGAGUGGUACGGCAUGACGCUGGAGGAUGUGCGCAUCUAUGAGCGACAAAAGCAGGCCGAGACCAAUGAGAAAGUUCAACAGAAUAUCAAUCCACAGCCAGCUAAGGAGACUGAGAUCAUGUCUCCAGAAAAUGUCGAAUCUUAGAUCCUAUUUCUUCAUACAAAUGACACCUAUAUUGAACUAUUUGUGAAUGGUAUACCAAAAUGGGAAAGUUUUAGCUAUUAGCUCAAUAAGACAUCGUUAUGCGAGCUUACAAAUUUCUCAAGUCAUAGUCGUAAGAAUAUAAAACGCAUUUCAAAUGGUCCAAAAAAGCACAAAAUACACAAACUAAUAACACUAUAGAA